AUGGAUUCCAACAGCAAUAUCGUUAUCAUUGGAGCGGGCCUCUUCGGUCUCACAACCGCCAAGCAGCUCGUCCUGGAAGGUCACAAGAACAUCACUGUGAUUGACAGGCAUAUGCCCCCGGUUCCUGACGGUUCAAGCUCAGAUAUUUCCCGAAUCAUUCGGUUUGACUAUGGCGACGGCGAUUACUGCUCUCUCGCCUACGAAGCCUAUCAAAGAUGGUCUCAAAAUCCCAAGUACAAGGGCAUUUUCUAUCCAGCUGACUACAUCAUCGCUGGCUCGCGGAAAACUGCUGAGAAGUCCUGGACGGAUAAGACGAGAGCUCGACUUGAAGAGCGAAAUCUGCCGUAUACCAUACUUCCUGAUCCAGCAGCUGCGAAGCAAAUGUUUCCUAUCCUGACGGGAGAACUUGCUCAGCCGAAUUGGGAGGGCUAUCAUAACAAAUCCGGUGGUUGGGCUGAUGCUAACAAGGCGAUUAAGCAACUGCGCGAUGAGUGCCUUGAGCUUGGUAUCUCGUUCAUCUCUGGUCGAGCUGGCACUGUUGUUGGAUUUGACAGUGAUGCUGGGGGUGUUAUUAAGACUGUCCAUACAUUUGGAGGUACUCCUGUUGCUGGAGACCACUUCAUCCUUGCAACAGGUGCUUGGUCUUCCGGCCUAGUCCCCACAUACAACUCGACGCUGUCUACGGCUCAAGCACUGGGUUUUCUUCGCCUCACAGACGAGGAGAUGAUUAAGUACAAGGAUCUCCCCAUCUACGUCAACUACUCUACUGGGUGGUUCAACUUCCCUCCCCAUGAGGAUACCAAGAUGCUCAAGUUUGCUGUCCAUGGCUGGGGAUAUACUCGAGCACCUUCAAAGGGCGAUAACAAUAACGUCAAGUCUAACAUCUCCGUCCCACCUCCAGUAUCACGAGAGCGCAAGAACUUUGUCCCGGCGGACGCUGAGCAACGUCUUCGAGAUGGACUGCGUGAAAUCUUACCUGAGCUUGGAGAUCGGGAACUGGAGAGGGCUGCGCUGUGCUGGUACACUGAUACACCUACUGGUGACUUUAUCAUGGACUACCACCCUGAUUACAAGAACCUUUUUGUAGGCGGAGGUGGAAGUGGACAUGCGUUCAAGUUCCUCCCUGUUCUGGGCGAAUGCAUGACAGCCGCCAUCAAGAAGACCCUCCCCAGUCAUUUGACAGAGAAGUGGCGCUUCCAUACAGAGUAUGAGCAUCGCGAGGACACGUUCUUAGGUGACGGUAGUCGCGGCGGCCCUGAGAGGCGAGACUUAAGUGCUGCCGAGAAAGCAAGAUUGGAUGGCGAGGAAAGGUCGAAGUUGUAA